AUGGACGACGACCAGAACGUCAGACCAACCCGACAACUCAGGUCAGGCUUGCAUCGCCUCGCUGGCUUGUGCCAGCCGGCGUAUCUGCCGAGCAAGGCUAGAAAAUCAUGUCACGAAAAAUUCUCGAGCCUGCGGGCCGCAGCCCCGGACCCAGACCGAGAGGGGAACGAGCCCAUCUUGGUCGCUCGCCACUUCUGGUCGCUCCAGGCCACAUUCGCGCUACCUGGCCACACGAGGAUGCGAAGGAGGAGGACAACGAGGCCAACGAGGAUGACAACGAGGAGGAAGAGAAGGACAACGAGGAGGAAGAGAAAGAGGAGGACAACGAGGAAGAGACCGAAGAGGCGGACAACGAGGAAAGAGGAGGACAACGAGGAAGAGGAGGACAACGAGGAGGAAGAGGACAACGAGGACAACGAGGAGUGUGACUCACUACUUUGCCACCCAGAAAGUAGCAACGCUCAGAAUGUCAACCGAAGGGUUGGGAAAAACACAGUGAGCAAACGCGAUCAAGAAGGAGGGAGGGGAGCGGACAGCGCAGCGCAGGAGCAACCAGGCACGCAUAAGAAGCAGUCGACGGGAGAGUCCAGACGACAAACUAGGCUCUUUAGAUCAGAAGUGAGGCCCGCAUAG